CGGUAUCGCCACACUUCGCAUCAUUACCGUCGUAACGUGCGAGCCACUCAAUCUCCCGCUCGUCAUCUGAGAGACCGAGGCUCAAGAAUUCGAUCGCGAGGAUUUCCGAGCACCAUGUACGUUAAACGCUGCUGCGCCGCUCUCGUUCUUCUCGUCGUGACAGUCGGCCUCGUAAAAGCCACCGAGAAUUACAUGGAUUACGGAGAAGAGAUGGCGGAAACGCCCGCGGAACCCAUCCAUGAGUUCUACAGGCUUCUUCUGUUACGUAAUGCGCUGGAUAACACAGCUUUCGGUGGCAUCCCGUUGGAGCAUUUCAUGAUUCGCAAGUCGCAGCGAUCACCAUCGCUGCGUCUUCGAUUCGGUCGUUCCGGACCGCACGCUUCCGCGUGGACCCUGCCGAGACCCGCGGGAUACGACAACAACAAUUAAUCGGCGAAGCUGAUCGAGACACCUUUCCAAUUCGUUCUUGAUGAAAACGCGACUACCCUCUCUUGUAUAAAUUAUGCAUAAUUCGCGUCUCACGUGCGCGUGUGCGUGUGCAUUUGUGCGUACGUAUGUGUGUGUGCAAGUGUGUGUGUGUUUAUGCUUUUUGUUAGUUGACCCUUUCACGUCUCUUAAAAAAACUUAAAAAAAAGAGAGCGAAUCCAAAUAGCAAACUGACGUCAAAAUGAUGUAAUAUUUGUUAUCUAGGAAGCCAAUGCGACGAAAGCUAAUUUUUUCACAAUUUGCGUGAAGAAAAAAUAUUGUGCACCUUUUCUUCUUCUUAUUAUUAUUAUUUGUACGCCUUAAUUAAAUUUAAAACAACACCGCAUUUUCGGAAUUCACGUAAGUCGCUUGGUUUCACCUUGCACGAGAUGGAUAAUUUAUCUUAAGACACGUUUAAAGACACUAUAUAUUUGUUUCGUAUAAUUGCGAAUAUUCCGAAUGUGGUAUUAAUUUAAGACAAUUUUACUCCGCCCCUCGUUUUCGUUAAUUAGCGGCAGCGCUGUAAAAGGACACUUGGCCUAAGUCCUUCAUUCCAUGUGGGAAUAACAAUCUGAAUCGCUCCUAUCGUUACGAAAGCAAUUGAUUGUUCCUUCGUUUAAUAGCACGCACAUCGGCACGGAGACGUGAAAAUAAUUUGCGCCACGCGCGAUGACAUACAGAACGUUCCACAGACUUUCCUCCAAUUGAUCUAUCGAAUAAAUUUGACGUUAAUUUAUCGCAAAAUUCAAAAUUAGAGUGUGCAGCUUUUAAAUAUUUAAAUCGAGAAAUAAAUUUAAACGGUAAAUAUAUUUAAUUCGUAAAAAUUCAAACGCAAUCUUCUUUCAUCGUCAAUAUCUGAUAUUUUAAUUAGUAAAUUUUCUCAAGUUAACUUUGUGUUAAAAUAAAAAGACAUAGAAAGCAUUUCUAUGUCUUUUUAUUUUAAUACAAAUUGCCCAUUCAAGACAGAUUCUAUCAAAAUCCCUUUUAUUGCAGGUUUAUAUGAAUCAUUUCGUUUAUUUUAUUUAUCCAAUUUAUCGCUGAAUUUUCUUCAAAGAAAGACGAGAAAUUUAUUCUAUGGAAAAUCUAAAAUGUCAUUGAGUACUUCUACAUUAUAAUUUUCAACAGCUGGCCUGUUGGUCUAUCGAUCGAUUAAUAGGCGUAGUCUUUCGAUAAAUGUGCCAAAUAAUAUGAUCGUUGUAUUAUGAUUAAAAAAGAAAAAAGAUAUCUGCACUGUCUACAAAACGUAUUA